UGUCGCAGCUGUAUUCGCUAUAUACAGAGGCAGCAAAUAACAGUGAAAAGCUGGUAAAAAAAAAAGAACAGAGAUGUCGUGACGUGGUGACGCAUUCUAUCUCGUACAAACAACCCCGUUAGUUUUCGUCCACAUAAAAUUCCAAGUUUGGUUGCAGCUCAAAAAUAGUAAAAAAAAACGCUGAAAAGCUCCAAGAUGCCGGCGGCCGAUUCUUACACGCUGUCACGCCCAAGGAGAAAGUCGUCGGCGAAAGCCGUGGGCCAAGUUAUGACGGCGAUGAAAAAUAUCAAAACCGCCGUGGGUCCCACGAUGACGGAAAUCGUGAAAUUCAUUUCUGGAGCUCUCUACGACCCCGUGACAAAGCGUCAGGUGGUGGCAGCUCUGAAGAGGGGAGUCGAGUUUGGCAUUUUGAAGCGUCACCGCGGACACUAUCUGAUAUCGUCGCCGGACGAGACUCUCGCCCCGUCGAGAAAAAUAGCCGGAGGAGGCAAGGUACAGAAGAGGCGCUCGAGACCGUCGACCUCGACGACGCCACCGAACCGCUGUAUCAGUCCCGACGACGAGUAG